AUGGCCUUACCUAUUCUUCUCUCCACCUUACUCACCGUCAUUUUUUCCUCUGAAGCAUCCAAUUCCGGUGCCAAAGUUAGUCAAUUUAAAGAGUUUCCUAUUGCGGAUGCCUCUGGACCUGAAAGUUUUGCAUUUGAUUCACUUGGUAAGGGUCCCUAUACCAGUCUAUCGGAUGGCAGAAUCAUCAGAUGGCACGGAAAUAAAAAGGGAUGGCAAGAUUUUGCUAUAACUUCUCCAAAUAGGGACGGCUGUGGAGGGCCACAUGACCACCAUCAGACGGAGCACAUUUGCGGGCGUCCGUUAGGUUUAUGCUUCGACGAAGCACACGGUGAUCUGUAUAUUGCUGAUGCAUACAUGGGAUUACUUAAGGUAGGGCGCGAAGGGGGCUUGGCCACUAAGAUCGCGACACAUGCACAAGGAAUUCCCUUCAGAUUCACUAAUAGUUUGGACAUUGACCAAUCAAGUGGUGCCAUUUAUUUUACUGAUAGCAGUUCACAGUAUCAAAGAAGGGAUUACCUCUCAGUGGUAUUGAGUGGGGAUAAAUCAGGAAGACUAAUGGAAUAUAAUACAGUAAUCAAACAAGUGAGAGUACUUCUCAACAACCUCACAUUUCCAAAUGGAGUAGCAGUAAGCAACGAUGGCAACUCCAUUUUAUUUGCAGAGACCACCAACUGUAGAAUUUUAAGGUAUUGGAUAAAAACAUCAAGGAUUGGAAGUCUUGAAGUCUUUGCUCGACUACCAGGUUUCCCAGAUAACAUAAAAAGGAGCCCUAGAGGAGGGUACUGGGUUGGUAUGAAUUCAAAAAGAGAGAAGCUUUCUGAAUUGCUAUUUUCCUAUCCAUGGAUUGGGAAGCUUUUGCUUAAGCUUCCAUUGGACCUGAUGAAGGUGCAAUCAACCUUGGCCAAGUAUAGAGGGAGUGGCUUGGCAGUGAGGUUGAGUGAGAAUGGUGACAUAUUGGAAGUAUUUGAAGAAAAAGGUGGCAAUAGGUUUAAAUCUAUAAGUGAAGUAAUGGAGAAAGACAGGAACUUAUGGAUAGGGUCAAUAGAUUUACCUUUUGCUGGCAGGUAUAAGAUAUGA